AUGGCUGGUCCGGACCCUAAACGCAUGUACAUUGCGAUCAAUUCGCAGAACCUCGACGCGCUUAAGCCAGAAAAACCGUAUUGGAGCAAGCCAUUCGUUUUUGUGAAUCCCUCCGGGACUGGCACAAAGUACACUUCCCUCCAGGCGGCGAUGAUACUCCAGAAGAUGAAGGUCGUUGACUUCCUGUUAGACCAGCCUUCCGUCGAUUUGACAGUGAAAAGCACAGAUGGAAAAAACACUGUCACCGUUGCUGUCGAAGCAAAAAUGGGUGUCGGAACACUAGAAAAAAUUCUUCGCAAACUCGACUUACGAUGCCUUGGUGAAGUGGACUCUUCGGGAAAAGGACCAAUAGACUACGCAGAACCUGGAACGGACGGUCCGUUUGAUAGCCGCACCCUGUGA